AUGGCUUCAGCUGAACAUACUUCGACUAGAAAGCUUAUCCCUCAGCCGCACAGACAUGUAAAGCUCGAGAAAGUCGCUACUUGCGCGGUCUGUCGCCGACCAGCAUGUCGACUCCAAUCCCACCAGACCUAUCUUGCUCACCGGCGUCGUACAACGAAAGAACUCAUACUCAUCAACAAUCCAAAAGCAGAACAGAAGACACCAAAUGAUCAAGUGUCAGAUAAAGCUUACGCGUCUUCAUAUGCUGUUGCCCGACACAUCCCACCAACCACCAAUGACCCUCAUGGAAUCAAUUCAGGAAGAUUGGAUGGAUUCCAUGACCUCCCAGUUCCUGGUGGGCAUCGAACUGAACUCCAUCAUGCGGUCUACAGUGUCUUGAACUUUAAAAUUGGCGCUGCCACGGCCUUUCCUCUGCCGGAAGGAUUGGCUGUCAACGAUAUAGGGGGUGCUAUGAUCAUCCCAGUCAUGACAGACACUUCAUUGUGUCUGAGCGUGAUAGCGGCAUGGCGAGCAGUCCAAUGUCUUGCCGGCCAGCUGUCUUCUGAUCUGUCUUACUUGUCAUAUGAAGCGAAAGCAUUACAGUCUCUGCGAAGCCAACUCGUUACUCAAGGCCGAGCAGGAGUCUCUGAUGAAGCUGUCAUGGCUGCUGCACUUUUAUGGGCGACUGCCACGCUUUUUGCUCACCCAGAACCUCUGCGGCGGCACGCCGUUGGGGUCAAGGCUAUGGUCACCGCUCGUGGAGGUUUAGACACCCUUGGACACGCAGGGGCCAUCAAACAAUUGAUCCUUUGGGCUGAUUUCUUGACCGCCCAAUUUCUGGCCGAGGAUGUCCUUUUUAGAGACAUUGGUGAAGUGGGUGUGAUGCCUCCAUCACUAUCUCAAAUCUACAAAUCCAUAACCUUCCCAAAACCAUUCAAUCGUUUGCUCCCCGAGACUGUAAAAGCAGCAACCGACCUUCGACUCCUGCUUGUCUCCCACGACCGAGCUUUGAGCACAGGGCGUGUGUCGAUACCUGAGUACAAGGUACUGAUGGAUCUACUCAAUAAAGGCACCGUUCAUCGACUGGGUCUCGCAAAGCAAUACCAAGACCAGCACCCCGUCGACGAGUGUGUCAUUACAGCCAUGAACCUAUUAAGACUCACAGUCCUGUUUCAUGCAGGGCCACUUUAUGCCAUAGUGGUCUCGGUCAUCGAGCGACUCCGAGACUUGGCAUAUCAGGACGACCCAAAGGUUUGGCAUAGUCGCAUAGACACUCACAUCUGGGUGUGUUUCGUGGGCUUGGUGAAUCAGUUUGAGACCCAUAAUCGGUUUCAUUUUAUUGAAAUGAUCACGAAAGCCUUGAGCAUCAAGUACAAGUCGAUGUGGCCAGAUGACUGGCAGAUGGAUGUUCUGUCAAUGCUUCGAUCUUUCUUGUGGUCGGAUGCAAUUCUUACUGCCCAGUAUCUCGACAUGUGCCACAUCAUCGAGUCACACAUCGUCUCACCAGCGAGUACAGCCUGA